AUGGCAGAAGAAAUUAUUUACGAAGAAUUAGAAGAACAGACGGACGAGCAGAAUCAGGAAUAUCAGCAAAUCGAAGCAAAUGAGUUUGAUCCGAAUGAGCAAGGAUCGCUUGAUCCUGAAGAAAGUGCUCCUGUGUGUCAAAGCUGCAAUAUGAUGUUUCACACAUGGUCUGGAUAUGAAUAUCACAUUCUCAAGGUUCAUUUGCAAUAUAAACCAUUCAAAUGCGCGAUUUGUCCAACGGAAGGUUACCACACCGAACUUGAAGGGCGACAUCAUAUGAACACAAUGCAUCCCAGUAUGAGUAUGAGCCCUGUAGGUCAUUUAAGCUGGUAG